UUUUCAGUUUUUGGCAUAAGCAUUUAAGAUUUAUAAUAAAAUAUGAUUCUGACGUUGCUUGAAACUAUUUUUAUAGCUUUAAUUAGCCUCUGCAUGGACCUGGUAAUGUUGCCCACUGUUCUGUUGCUGUGUCAUUUCCCUUUAAAGGUGAAGAGCAGAAAGAUGCCUGUGGGCCAUCAUGAGCACUGUGACAAGUGUUUCAGCAUUCACUGUCAAGUCCCGGUGCAGAUUUCUGUCUCAUGCAUGGUCAUCAAGUGUCAUAAGAACUGUGGUGCCAUCCUCCACAUGUGCAAGCAAGAGGAGCACCAGCUUCUCUGUCCCAAUGAGAUGGUCCCCUGCCUCAAUGUCAGCUAUGGCUGUCCUCUCAUCAUGCUGCGCCACAGGCUGGCCAAACACCUGGAGGUCUGUCCUGCCAGCGUGGUCUGCUGCUCUCAGGAGUGGAACCGCUGGCCAGUCUCAGAAGCUGAUCUGACCUUCUACAAAAAUGUUUCAGAAAACCCUCAAAAUGAGGUAAACCUUGAUGUUGCCGUGGCUUUCAAGGACCAAGAUCUGCUGUUUCAGUCCAUCAAAAUGAAGAACAUUUUUCCUGAGUUGAUGGCGGAGGAUCCUGCCCCUCACAAUAUUUCUGCUGGGAUCAACAGUCCUGCAGAGGAAGCAACCUGUUCUUUACUUUGUGAUAAAUCCACAGAAAAUGGAUGCACAGGGAUGGGGGGAAAAGAAUUGAGUCAAGAGGAGAGGGAGGCUUUGGCAAAGUGCAGGGAUGUAGAUAGUAUUGAGAACUACAGUUCCUGGGAGAAAAUAUUCAGUAAGGAAAUGGACGGAUGCAAGCAAACCGUCAAAAACAUGAAUAAGACAGAGGAAAAAAGAAAGGAGAAGGAAGAGCAAGAAUCAUCAAGCUGUCAGGGAGAAAAAAAAGACUCACACCUGAGCCAGGAGAAUGCUGCUGCUGCCGCUCCAAGCUUGAAUGGUGCAACUGGCCUCGCACCGUGGCAAGAUGGGGUCCUUGAGAGGUUAGGCAAAGAAGUCAACAUUGCCGAAUAUAACAUGUAUCUGGUGCACAAUGGAGCGAUGCUGAUUAACUUUGGUCAACUUGCUGCUUGCACUCCAAGAGAGAAGGAUUUUGUUUAUGGGAAUCUGGAGCCUAUUGAAGUUAAAAGUGUCCGAACAUUCAACAUUCCUACCAGCUAUCGAGCAAAGCGCCAUCAUCUGAAGGACCCCGCACAAAAGGCCAUGACCAUAAACCGGAGUGUUGACACUGCAGAUUUGGGCAAGUCGGUUGAGGAUCUUCCAAAGAGUGACGAGGUUAACGCCACACUACUGUGCUCACUGGAAAAGGAACUUAAAGGGCAUUUCAUCUCAGAGAGCCAGGGGAUAGACGGCCUUUAUGUGGAUAUAGGCACACAAACAUACAACUUUGCCUCUGCUCCGUUUAAAGCAGAUGCUUCGCUUGCUGAUAUCAUCGCAGAUAAACCUCGUUGUCUUUAUGUGCAUGUCGAAGCGGAAUCUGUCACCAGAAGACAUAACAGAACAAGUUCAGCUUUCAGCUACAUGUGUGGCCACUUCUUUCGCCGUGAUGAAUACCGCUCUCAUUUCAGGAAUGUGCACUCUGACAUACAGGCCUCUCUAUGCGGCUGGUUCCAGCAGCGCUGCCCCUUAGCAUACCUCGGCUGCACUUUCACCCAGACGAGGUUUCGCCCCGCAGAUCACAGGGCUACGAUCAAAUUCAGCCAAGAUGUCAGUGCCUUUGUCCUCCAGCCAGAUGUCCCUUCAUCUCUCUGCGAAGGCAAGAAAACCUUCAGCCUGCAGCGAAAUGCUGAAUGUAAUCUGGAUCCCCUGAGCAGCCUGCCCUUGGAGAUCCUUCAGCACAUUGCUUGUUACCUUGACAGUUUUACAUUAUCUCAGCUGUCCCAGGUCUCCCAUCUGAUGAGAGAGGUGUGUGCCACAUUACUACAGGAGAGAGGGAUGGUGUCCCUCAAGUGGGAGAAAAAGACAUACUCCCACGGUGGAAGCUCCUGGAAAUGUCCAAAGAAAGUUUGGGAGUUCAGCUCUCUGUUUUCCUCAGUGGACAGAUGGAGCUUCAACACUCCUUCUAUGUCAGACCACCUGAAAACCUGCACCUUCUACCAGAGAGAUGAGCACACUGAGCCGGUGGCUUUAGUCUGCCUGGGAGAGGUCAGAGACAAGUAUGCAGAAGUAAAGCACAGAACACAAUGCUCAUGGUCCCUGAGCUCAGUGGGCGGACCACAGCAAGAACGAUGCCAUGUUUAGAAUCACUCAGAUGUGAGAUGUAUGCACCCACAAAUCUGUGAAGUGGAUUAACCCUCUACAGCAGUUUCUCCUCAGAAACACAACAGAAACUGUGUGCUGAAGGCCAGUGGAUGGAUACAGUACAUGCAAAUUUGCAAAUUCAUCCUCUGUUUUCUUGUAAUGCCUCCUCAAAACAUUUUAGAUUUGUAAGAAGAUAAAAUGCAUCAACGUGGAUUUAUGUUGUGUUUAUUGAAAGGAGAUGGAGCUUCAACAAUAAUCCCUGAAGUCACACUAAAGUCACAAAUUGAUCAGUCUGGUAUUUGAGAUGGGUGCUCAUAUUCUAUAACAUCAGAUCAUCUGUCUUUGUUUGGCAUACUGAGCUGAUUAGUGUUGUUUGUUAUAUUUUAUUUCAUUGUUGUGGUGAAAAGCAUUACUUCCAUUUUGCUGCUGUUGCCUGCUUUCAACAUGACAAGACUGACAUCUACUGGACAAAGGCUGAAGUAGAGAUUUAGUGUUUGAAUGCUGAACAUUGAGAUCAUGUCCUACAUGUCAAAUUUGAUGAAAGACAUCAGUGCAUGCUCCAUGAUUAGAAUACUGACAAUAAAUUUAAAAUGUCUUUGUUGUGCACAUGAAAGAAGUGUUACAUAUCUGUGUAACUAACAUUAUAUACUGUUUAAUAAACUUGCAAUUGGCCUCAAUUAUUUUACUGCACUGCAAAGUCAGUGAAUAAAAAAAGGGUAUUAAAAGUU